AUGUCGACUCCGCGAAACCUGCCGAAAAUUCCUCAGGGACAAGAUUCCCAGCCACUGGAUCGCGCUUCGUUAAUCAAGGCAAUCCGACAUGAGCGUACCAGACGCAAACAGCUAGAGAAGGCCACUUCAGAACUCUCACUUACUAUAGAAGAACGCAAGGUUCAAGUCUUAGAAGUAGACGCUCAUAUUGCUGAAGUAAAAAAGGGAAUCGAUCAAGAGCUUGCACAGUGCUCUCGUCUUGAACAUCAAUACCAAGCCCAAGAGGAACAGAUCUCAGCCUUCAAAAAUGCAGAAGAUGAACAACGAAAACUGACAAAUCAACUGCAAAAGGUCAAAGCUAAAUUGAAAGAUCAUGCGAGGAUUAGGGAUGAAGAGCAACUAAGCUGGGAAGAGUACGAGUCCUACUUGAAAGCUAACGUCAACAUGUUCUCCCAGGAAUUGCAAGAGGUCAUGAAACAAGAAGAUCAGGUCAAUCCACCAGUCUCCAAAGAUUUCAUGAAAGAUCCGGCUCAGCUUAUGAAAGAAAUGGCCGAACUUCGUGACUUGGAGGAAGAAUAUGAUGAACAAGCUGUCAACAUGAAACAGUCACUUGAACAACUAAAUGAAGAGAUCAAAAAACUUGAAGAAUUACAUACUCAAUUCUCAUCACUAGUUGACCCAUCAUCCUCAUCGAACCAUGCGAGUGGGGCAGAUACUUCGGGGAUUUCGAAUUCUCGUACUGGAGAAGGCCAAUAUGCUCAAAAUCCCAACGCCUCCGCAUCUGCUCGUUUGAAGCUUGACGAACCAGUCAGUCCUGACACCCUCAAUUCAGAUUUCGCACCUCCCAGCCCAAGUCUUGGAUUCCCAGAAUUGGCACCGCAGUCACAUUGGGAUGUAGAAUUAGAAGCUUUGGUUGAACAAAAUCAAGCUAUCAGAGCGUAUAUCGAUCGACUACUUUCUCGUAUUGUCGAUCUUGACGAGUUUCAGAUAGUUUUACACCGUGAUUUUGAUUCUCUGGUAGGUGAGGGAGCCUCGGAAGGCCCGAAAAGCUCUACGACGUAA